UUUCUACUCACUAUGACAAAGAGGACAGCUUGUUUGGGGGCUCUGCAGAUGAAGAGGUGGACCAUAGAUGGUCGCUUGCUUUUCUUACUGCUUCUUGGAGCUGUAUUUGUUGGUUCCUGGGGAGAGUCUGGAUCAGAGAGAGGUGCCGCCUCCAGGUCAUCAGAGGAUCAACCACUCCUGCAGCAUUCCUUCACUCCAGACUUGCCAAUGCCUCUGCAGACUCCACGUGACACCAACAUGACAGAAAACAACGUCAGUAGUAGAAGAAGAAGCUCUUCCUCUAAUGACACUGAAGACUCUGCUUUGCCUCCAAAGUUUCUGACUGCAGCUCAUCUGUCUUCUCUCAGAGACUUGGUGUCGGACAAGAAAAUAACAGUACGUCUGGGGCUCCUUGUCACUCUCAGUGGUCCAACUGAACUUCUUGACCCUCAGCUCCUUCUCUCCCUGAACAAAGAGCCUGGACUCUACAACACUGGAGGGAAGGCUGGAGUGUUCUCAAUGAGAAUAGUGGGAAUAAAGAGAGUGACCUCUGCACCCUGAUUUCAUCAUCCACAGCCAAUCUCACCAUCUCUUGGAUUAUUUAUGAGGAAAACAAUAUGAUAAAUGAAUGUAUUCUGUCUUCUUGACGCCCAUGUUACUGUUGUCAUAGCGUGUGAUUGUGUUAAAGUCAGUUUAAUUUCAAAUCUUUGUGUUUAAUUAUCCAUUAAAAUUUAACUUCAUGUGCCUUGAAACAAGCAUGUGCUGCGUGUCACUGUUGGCCCCGCCCACUAAAAAAUGAUCAUCCAAUAGAAAUCGACGUUGAGUCUUUAUUCCCACCCUCCCUGCUCGUGUUCCUGAUGGUCGUGAGGAAGUUUUCUGCACUACACCGGUCACAGAGGUGCGAGUGAAUGGCCUGACGCCUCGUUGUAAACAAACAGAUCCGCGCAGACGUAAUUGCGCAAGGAUGGCAGACGCAGCCUUCCAGGAGGACACGGUGCCCGAGGAGGAGAAGGAGUUUCAGAGGAUUAUAGCUCUGAUCGGAGGCAAAGAGAGGAUUUAUUUGGUGAGCGACGCCUGUAAGAGCAAAGAGGCGGAUGGGGAUGAUAAUGGAAUAAUGCAGGAGUUCAUCCGUGACAUGUUUCACAGCAGCAGCCCGAUGAACAGCAACGGGCAGCGCCAAACCUCUCCGUCAAGCAGCCACGGCGACACCAUGGCAAGUGGAAACCCCAUUUCCGGCGAGGUUGUCAAAGGCAAUGACAUACCUCUCAUAGCGAGGCCCAAGGAUUUGGAUUUGAGAGCCUGCCCGUUAGAAGAGGACGAGGAGAAGGAGAAGCGGCCAACGCGCAAUGGCAACGCUCAGAGAAUAGCAACGAGGAGGGCGAACAUUUACAGCCUGAAGCGAACCAUAGACUCUCCUGUCAUCAUAUUCAUCUUCAGACAGACAUUCAUCAGCAAAACUUCAAACGAGCUGUGCUUGAAAGAGACGCUGAAGGACGUAAAGGCACGCACGAAACGCGCCAGGAUCGCCCGACCGGCUCUGAUUGGAUUAAUACGCACCAGACAGGAGAGCGUCGAGACGCAUCGAUGCGCUGAACUCCUGGAGCGUCUGAUCCGCUCAGUGUUCCACAAACAGUCACCAGAGACAAUAUGGGUGGGCUGCUUCAUCCCGGAGACAGAGGACAAAAUGCUCAGCAUCAAGAAAAACGCCUGCAAAGUCAUAUACUCAUCUCAAACAGCAGAUAAUACCAGGGAUAGAGGGAACCCGCUUUUCUGGCCAUUCCAAUGUUUGCGCUGGGCUCAGAGAAGAGGCCAGGCCAACAACAACGCUUCAGCCGGCAGGCAAGGAGGUGACACUGGAAGUCAAGAGGAGGGCAUCCCUCUGAAAACCAAUUCCCUGUCUGCAGGGCCUCAUGUGGAUGGAGAGUCAGCUGGAGGAGACAGCUGAUGCCAUGGCGCAUGACCUGUGGCUGCAGGCGUAUCACAGCAGACAAUCCUGUUUUAAUUGUGAGGUGCUACAGAGCCUUACUACAUGUUACAGUCUUUCUUGCUGAGCCAACAUGAUUCUUGUCCUGAAGUAAUAAUUUGCUUAAUAGUCAAAUCUGUUGCUGCCUUGCUGAUUUACACAUUGUCUUUGAUGCACAAUGGUGCGUCAGUACGGGAUUUACUGUGUAUAUCUGGUGCUGAUUCAAUUAACUGUUAAUUUUUGAGGCCUAGAUUGAUAUUUGUUUGGUAUUUCAGUACAUGUUGAACUGCCGUAUGGCUAGGCUACAGUAGGAAACUUAAAGCAAAUAUACUCUUCUAACAUGGUACAUAGUAAAGUCUAGGGUUAGACUGCCAACUUGCCCCAGACUUCCUCAAAAAACCCAGGUUUGUUGUUUGUCAUCUUGUUGGUGCUAAUUUGACUGACAAUUUGUUUGAGAAUAUUCAUCAUCAAAUCACAACAUCAACUGACACAAAAGGGGUCUUAAGUGGGGUCCUGCUUCAUUAACAGGGGUCCAGCUGCUUAUUUUUAUACCUGUGAGACACCCCAGCAUCCAGCCAUGGUCAAGCAAUGUGAAUCUUUUUUUCCAUGUUCAUAUAUUAGAAUUGUGUGCCUUAGAUUGGUGCUAUUGGCAAUAGCAUUAUCUGCAGUAGAAAUGGAUGAAAUUGCUUUUCAUCCUUUACGUAGGUUAUUUAUGUAGGCAACUGGUUUGUACAUUCAUAUAAAUACUGUAUGUAAAUAAACACAGGUAAUCUUG